CUUCCAAUUUUCAAACGUCUUCCCUUUCAUUGCUCUUUAACGAUCGGUCCUUUUUGCUUACAAGAAAAGCCUCCGCUUCCUUGAGAGCCAAGCCGCGGUGUUCGUAAUCGUCGCUUUCGGCAUGGUGUCAGAAUCUCCCGGCAUGAGCAUUAUCAGACAUCGAUUGGUAAUGGCUUUCUUAGCUGACAAUUUCGCCAUUCACGAAUAAAUAGUCGCUCAUCCUGCUCUUCAAUUCCCAUCAUCAUAUCUCUGCAACAUGAUAAACAAACCCGUAGCUGUUAUCGCAGGUCUUGGUUCGGGUACUGGCACUGGCGCGGCAGCAGCGCGUCUCUUCGCCAAAGAAGGCUAUGCGAUAGCUCUCAUCGCUCGUGGCGCCGACUCUCUCAAGGCCCUCUCGGACGAGAUUACCUCUGCUGGCGGAACCGCCGCCCCAUUCACCAUCUCAUCCUACAGCACAGCAGACAUUAACUCUGCCUUCGCCCAGCUACAUGCUCACUACCAAGGCCAGCCUAUCCGGGUUGCACUCUACAAUGCCGCCCACGGCGUCUGGAAGCCAUUCCUCGACGUCACACCCGACGAUAUCCAAGCUGUGACACAGACCAAUAUCGAGGGGGCUUUCACUUUCUCGAAGAACAUCAUCCAAGCAUUCCAGAAGAACAGCUUGGAUGAGAAGGGCAAGAGAGGGUCGUUGAUCUUUACGGGAGCUACAGCAAGCGUGAGGGGGAACGUCACGACCAGUGCAUUCUCAGCUGGGAAGCAUGCGUUGAGGGCAUUGUCGCAGAGUCUGGCGAAGGAAUUUGGGAAGCAGAACAUUCAUGUCUCCCAUGCUAUCAUUGAUGGAGGUAUUUUGACGAACAGGACCCGCGAAUAUCGCAAUGACCCUGAAUGGGAGAAGAAUGAAGAUGUGCGAUUGUCGCCGGACGGUAUAGCAGAAUCGUACCUGUAUCUUGUCAGGCAGCCUCGGUCGACCUGGACUUGGGAAUUGGAUCUUCGUCCUGCUCACGAGAAGUGGUGACACACUUUCAGCAAUUUAGUAGUUCAAGCUAUCGAACCAGAACAUCGUUGUAAUAUAACUACAGCUGUCUUCUAGCACCCUAGUCAAUGCAGUUUGCAAUACCGUAUCUUCAUUCCUUUGACUGAGGUUCAGACUAAAAAUAGGAAUCAUCAGAAGACACGCAACUCGC